AUGUCUCCAGGUCGUCUUGUCGACAAUGUGCCUUUGCAGGAGACGAGCUCUGAGGGUAGCUCAAGCGGCGUCCGCACCCCGAAUGAAUUUGGAGCCGAAGCUGUCGCGAUUGUGGGAAUGGGAUGUCGGUUUCCAGGUGACUCGGAUACGCCCGACCAAUUUUGGGACAUGUUGCUCCAGAAGCGGAAAUGCUAUUCUGAACCACCCAAGUCGCGCUUCAAUAUCGAUGGCUUCCACACCAAGAAGAGUCGCCCCGGUGGGCUGAAGCCUCGCGGCGCGUACUUCAUCUCCGAUACGACUUUCGACUUCGACCCUCCCUUCUUUGGAAUCACCAAGCCAGAGGCCGAGGCCAUGGACCCUCAGCAACGAAAGUUGCUCGAGUGCGUCCAUGAAGCUUUUGAGAACGGAGGCAUCCCGCUUGAGCAGGUCUCAGGCACUAAUACGGGUGUCUACGCGGUCGAGAUCCAUCUGGGUACCGACAAGAUGGGUGUUCUGUCACCUACCUCAACUUGUCAUACCUUUGACGCAUCUGCGGAUGGCUAUGGGCGUGGAGAAGGAAUCGGGGCCAUCUACCUCAAACGCCUCAAUGAUGCCAUUCGAGAUGGCGAUCCGAUUCGAGGUAUCAUUCGAGGCACAGCUGCCAAUGCCAACGGCAAGACCAGUGGUAUCACUCAACCCAGUGCAAAGGGCCAGGCUACUACGAGCUACUUUGAGACUCACGGCACGGGUACUGCUGUGGGUGACCCGAUUGAGCUGAAGGGUAUUGCCGAUGUUUUCCUCCCAGAAGGCACCGAACGCAAGUCUCUCCUGGUCGGAGGCGUGAAGCCCAACGUCGGUCACGCCGAAGCGGCGUCUGCAAUGGCCUGCAUCAUGAAGGUGGCCUACGCCUUGGAGACGGGCAAAAUCCCGGCUACUAUUGGAAUCGAGAAGUUCAAUCCCAAGAUCGAUUUCCGAGAUGGCAAGCUUCAGGUUGUCCAGAACACCCGUGACUGGCCAGAGGAGUAUACAGUUCGCCGCGCGAGUGUGAACUCCUUCGGCUACGGUGGCGCCAACGGUCAUGUCAUUAUGGAGGCUGUCUCCUCGAUGCUCCUUGGCUAUCAGUCCUUCAAGACUCGUGAGACGAGCCGAGAAGACAUGGACUUCGACAUCAAGACCGGUACGAUGGGAUCUGGCAAAGCUCAGUACAAGACCAAGGAGAGGACUCAGUUCUUGCUACCAUUUUCUGCUCACGAUGCGCCGACCUUGAAGGCCAACAUUGCCAGCAUCAGACAAGUUGCCGAUGAAUACGAUACCGAGGAUCUUGCGUACACUUUGGCUUCUCGCCGGUCGAGGUUCUUCCAUCGUGGCUUUGCUGUUGUGGACAAGGAGACCGUCAGCGACGAUCUCGAAGAGCAAGCCACCACCCUCGGCAAGCGUGGUAGCGGCGCCAACAUCGUCAUGGUGUUCACUGGACAAGGUGCCCAAACUGCUCAGAUGGGUCGCGAUCUUAUGCAGGACUUUCCAUCUUACCUCCAGACGAUACGAGAUCUUGACAGCAUUCUCCAAGGACUCGGCGAUGAUGCUCCUACCUGGUCGAUCGAAACAGAGCUCCUCAAGCCAAAGGCUACAAGCGCCAUCGACCAGGUCCAUCUCUCACAGCCGCUGUGCACAGCCGUGCAAGUCGCUUUGGUCGACCUGCUUACAAGCUGGGGCAUCACACCCAAAGCAACGGUUGGCCACUCUUCGGGAGCCAUCGCCGCUGCGUACGCUGCAGGAUCAGUCACGAAGAACGAAGCUAUUCUCUACGCCUACUUUCGCGGUGUUGCAGUCAGCGGUCUUACGUCCAAGGGUACCAUGCUGGCUGUCGGCCUUGGAGCAGAGGAAGCUGAGCCAUAUGUCGAGCAAAGUAUCCGCAUAGCAUGCCAUAACUCGCCCCAGAGCGUCACCCUGAGUGGCGACGAAGAUGCUGCUGCUCGUGUACAGGCCAAGCUCGACAAGGAAAAAAUAUUCGUGCGUGCUGUGAAGACGAGCGGCCGAGCGUAUCACUCUCACCACAUGAAAGAGGUUGGCGGUUCCUAUCUGGAAUCGUUGGAGCGAGCUCUCCGUCUGCACGGUGGAUCCAAGGAUGCCCGAAAGGUCGAAGGUGUCGUCUAUUCCUCUUCAGUCUAUGGAAAGAUCAUGGACAGCGAUUUCGUGCCAGGCCCAGAAUACUGGAAAGAGAACCUGGAAUCCCCGGUGCUCUUCACGCAAGCCCUCGAGGUACUUUUGAACAACGAGGAGUUGUCACUCAACACUAUUCUCGAGGUGGGGCCUCACUCGGCUCUCGCUGGUCCUAUCCGCCAGAUCAGAGACAAGUUGGGCAAGAGCUCGAAAGACCUGGACUACAUCGCCACUCUGGUUCGGGGUGAGAACGCCACCACCCGCCUGCUGGAUCUUGCUGGGUCGCUCUUCAUCAAAGGGCACUCAGUCAAUCUCGAGAACGUCAACGCCAUUGAGCGCAAAGUCGGCGGUACCAUUCAAAAGUUCAUUGGCAAGACCCUUGUCGAUCUACCCAGAUACAACUGGAACUACAAGAACGGCACCAACUUGCGAACUGCCAACCGCUUCGCUGAGGAGCAUCGCCUGCGCAAGUACCCUCGCCAUGACCUGCUCGGGUCCAAGGUACCUGGAACCAUGCGCAACGAGGCUCAGUGGAGGAAUAUGCUCGACAUUGCCGACCUCGCAUGGCUUGACCAGCAUCGCCUGUCCACUCAGCCAGUGCUGCCUGCUGUAGGCUACCUGGUCAUCGCAACAGAAGCAGCUCGCCAGUUCUUUGCUGAGUUCAAGGAGCUCAAGGGCAGCUUCCGCUAUGUCUUCCCUCACAUGACGGUCAAGUCUGCGCUGAAUCUUCCUCCUCCUGGCACUCCAGUAGAGAUCAUGACACGGAUUCGCUUCCAGCACAUCUCCGACUCUAUCCAAUCUGGCCAGGCUACGUUCGCCAUUCAAUCUCACCUUAAUGGUAUUUGGACUGAACAUGCCAUUGGCAGCGUUGAAGUUCGACAAGGCGAGUCAGAUCUCACACCUCUGUUCAGCGAGGACAAGCUCCAAGAACCGAAGACCGCACAUACCUGGUACCGCGGCUUCUCCAGCAUUGAUCUUAACUAUGGCGCUGCAUUCAAUGGUCUUUCAGACAUCAGAGUCGAUCCAUGGGGUACUGAUAUGACAGCUUUGUCCAAGCUCCUGCCAACGGACAUUGACGUCGAGGACUCCCGCUACCCCGUCCACCCAGGCACCCUCGACACUUGCAUGCAAGCCAUUCUGAUCGGUGCACACAGCGGAUCUUUGAAGGAGCUCAAUCAAUCCUACAUUCCUGUCAGCAUGGAAAACGUCAUGAUCUGGUCUUACGAUGGUGUGUCAAUCCCAGCUCCUGAGGAAGCAGACGGCCGCAUCCUCGCCACCGGCAAGAAGAGCAGCCUGCGUGCGCUGAACGGCACUGUUCAGCUUUUCGACCAGCGAGGAAGGCCGAUCUUCGCCGCUGAGAAGGUCGACUCCAUUGCCUACGCUGAAGCUUUGAACGGCGGACAGAAAGCCGAUCGUCAUCCCUACAUCCGUGUCGUUUGGAAGCAGGAUAUCGAGCACUCCAGCUCAUUGAGCAGCAAGAAUGAUGUGCCUGCUUCGCUUCUGCAGGUCUGGGCUUCUGGUCUCGUCAGUGUUGCAAAGGCCCACGCCUCGAACCCACUUGCCAAGGUCAUCCUGGAGAGCUUAAACGAUCAAUACGAGUUCAGUGAAGCCGUGGCUCUGGAUCUCAGCUCCAGCAAGGUCGGCGAGGAGACAUUCGAGCUCGAGAGUAUCUGCUUGAGCAUCCUUCAACGCCUGGCGAAUGAUCAAUCCACUGCCGGCGAGGCUCUCCCGAGCUCUUUCGAGACCACGCUUGAUCUCGUGGCCCACAAGCAACCUGGUCUGGACAUCAUGUUCUACGUUGAUGGCACCAACACCGACAUCAGUGGCCUUCUUGAGCACACCCUCGGAGGCAAGUCGUCCUUGAAGCGAUACAGGACUGUCGAAAUCGUCACUCCAAACGGUGGUGCCGUGCCGGCGCUGACCGAGAAGUUUGCCGACUUCAGACAUGUCACAGUCAAAGAGAAGGCCAUCCUCGAGGAUGACGAUGCCACGUACGAUCUUGUCGUUCUCCUUCAACCAGCUUCAGUGGUUGGCUCGCCAGAGGUGGUUCCGAAUUUGAAGAAGAACCUGAAGGAGAGUGGUCGCUUGCUCAUUGCUGAGGGUCGCAAGGAACUGGACGCUGCCACGGGACGCCUGCUCGAGACAAUCGUCAGCGGUCUUGGGUCAGCAAAGACUGCUUCGUACCCUACGUUUCACCAGUGGUCGGCUGCCCUUCAGCAGGAGCAGCUUGGUGUCAAGUCGAGCCAUGUUGGGCCUUCUGGCUGGACGCUCCUCACUGAGAAGUCGGCGUCAGAGCAGAAGACUGCGAGCUGCGUGAUCUUGUCUCGUCAGUCACAGUUUGAGACUGCCAACGCCUUCGUCGGAGUCCUUGGAGAUGCCUCCGUCAACGCCACCAUCGCUGCUCUGGUCGACGCCGACUUUGUGCCUGAAGCCGGCGCCGCCUAUCUGUCUCUCGUUGAGUUUGGCGACAACUUCUUCGAGACAUUGAGCGAGACAGAGUUCAAGAACCUGCAAAGCCUUGCUGAUUCCGCGUCGAGCAUCUUCUGGGUGACAACUGGCAACCUCUUGCGCAACACCAACGCCCAUGCUGCGACCGUCAUGGGUCUUGGACGAACUCUCCAGACGGAGUACGCCCAGCUGCAUUUCUUCCACAUCGAUCUCGAUCACCAAGACGCCACCCUGGGAGCCAGCCAAGUGGCCCGCAUCGUCAGCAGCUUCGACCCUCAAGGCGGAGACUGCGACAAAGAGCAUAUCGUCAGCGAUGGCAUCUACUACGUGAGCAGAUUCUCAGAGGACAAGAAAUUGGAUUCUGCCUACGGCGCGAAGCUGGCCAACGAGCCUGUUGCACAGCCAGCCAACGCCGAGAAGCCAGUCCGCCUAGCAAUUGGUCGUGUGGGAGCUCUGGAUACCCUGCAUUGGACAUCCGACGACCGAGACAAGACUCUCCAAGAUGAUCAGGUCGAGGUCGAAGUCAAGUCCGUUGGCGUCAACAUGAAGGAGAUUGCUACCUUCCGCGGCACUUUCAACUCUGAGUCCCUCUCCCAUGAAGGCAGUGGCAUCGUCCGCCGUGUCUCACCAGGUGUCACCAACGUCGCAGUCGGCGAUCGCGUAUGCUGGAUGGGCAAAGGAGUGUUCAGCAACGUCGAACGUUUCAGUGCCCAGCAUUUGCACAAGAUUGCCGACACGGACAGCUUCGAGCAGAUUGCUUCGAUGCCUUUGGCUUUCUCGACGGCGGUCUAUGGUCUUCUCCACCUUGGACGUCUCCGCAAGGGCGAAAAGGUGCUGAUACAGAGUGCCACUGGUGGUGUCGGUCUUGCGGCAGUCCAAAUCGCAAAGAUGGUCGGAGCCGAGAUCUUCGCGACUGUUGGAACAGACGACAAGAAGGUGUGGUUGAAAGAGCACUAUGGCCUUGACGAGAACCACGUCUUCAACUCCAGAAGCACACAGUUCGCCGAUGAGAUCCGCAAGAUCACAAACGGCUACGGCAUCGACGUCUCUCUCAACUCUUUGGUCCGCGAGUCUCUCCAUGCUUCUUGGAGCCUCAUGGCCAGCGGCGGUCGCCACAUCGAAAUUGGACGUACUGACAUCCUCGAUUACGGCACUCUCGAUCUCGACGUCUUUAAGCGAGCAGUCUCGUUCAGCGCUUUCGACUUUGGUGCCGUCGCCAGCGAGCAGCCUUGGAUCCCAGCCCAGGUCAUGAGCGAGGUCAUGCAAUACUACCGCGAGGGCAAGAUCAUACCUCUGGCACCACUCUUCACGUACAGCGCCAGCGAGAUCAUCUCUGCCUUUGAGACCUUCUCAGAUGGCAACAGAAUUGGUAAAGUCGUCGUCAACUUUGACAACAAGCCAUUGACUGUAAGCAACCUUCCUGUGAUCAGCCUUGCACAACCUAACACUUCCCAGGUCCAAGACAAGCCAAAAGGAGCCAAGUUCAGAGCUGACGGCACCUACCUCCUCAUCGGCUGUCUGGGUGGCCUCGGUCGCUGCCUCUCACGCUGGAUGGUCGACAACGGCGCCCGCAACCUGACCUACCUCGCCCGUUCAGGAGCCUCCAACCCAGCCGCCGCCCGCUUCGUCGAAGAUCUCGAGGCCCGAGGCGUAACCGUCCACAUCGUCAAAGGCGACGUCUCCAACCGCUCCGACGUCGACCGCGCCGUAGCAGCCGCCGGCGUCCCCGUCCUCGGCAUGGUCCAAGGCGCCAUGACCCUGCAAGACUACCUCUUCUCGAAACUCAACCUCGACAAGUGGAACUACGCCGUGCAGCCCAAAGUCCAAGGAACGCUGAACCUCCACUCAGCUCUCGAGGGCCACCCGCUCGACUUCUUCAUAAUGCUCUCCUCCAUCUCCGCCAUGACCGGCGCGCCCACACAGUCCAACUACUGCGCCGGCAACACCUUCAUGGACUUCUUCGCGCGCUACCGUCGCCAGCACGACCUCCCUGCCACGACGGUCGGCCUGACCAUGGUCCUCGAAGUCGGCUUCGUCUCCCAAGACGAGAAGAUCGAACAGGGCAUCGCCCGCGGCGGAGUCCCCGGUAUCAACGAGAAGGAGUUCAUCGAACUGAUGGAAACCGCCAUCCUCCCCGCCCCCAAGCCCUCGUGGAAAGGCGACGCCAACGCCAACGUCUUCCUCGUCUCCGGUCUCGAUCCCUCCAAGAUCUCCCCCGAUGCCCUCGAAUCCGGCUUCCGAUUCUGGUCGCAGCCACGUAUCGGUCCUCUCGCGGUGUCUCUUCAAGAAAAAACCAUGUCAACGGGCGGAUCCUCCAAGUCCUCCGGUGGCGCGGCUCUCGACCUCCCCUCGAUCUUGGAGGCUGUCAUUGACAAGUUCGCCAAGACGUUCAUGAUCCCCGCCGAGGACUUCGACGAGACGAAGCCCUUGGUGGCGUUUGGAAUGGACUCGAUGAUUGGGAUUGCGUUGAGGAACUGGGUGUUUGGGACGUAUAGCGUGGAUGUGCCGACGAGUGAUUUCAUGGGCCCGUUGUUGACGGCGCAGAUGUUGGCGGAGAAGAUCUUUAAUGGGUUGCAGGAGUAG